AUGGCUGGAAACGAAUUCGACGAUGUCCUUACCAACCAACCUGUCGUUAUCGAUAACGGCUCUGGCUCGAUCAAGGCAGGAUUCGCAGGUCAGGAUGCGCCCAAAUGUUUCUUCCCCAGCUUUGUCGGGCGACCAAAACACCCACGAGUCAUGGCAGGUGCUAUCGAAGGUGACCUCUUCAUCGGUCGUAAAGCGCAGGAGCUGCGCGGACUACUAAAGAUCAAGUACCCCAUGGAGCACGGCAUCGUCACCGACUGGGAAGACAUGGAACGCAUCUGGAACCACGUCUACAGCGACGAACUCGAAACGCUGUCCGAAGAGCAUCCAGUCCUACUCACAGAGGCACCGUUGAAUCCACGAAGCAAUCGCGAUAUGGCAGCUCAGAUCUUCUUCGAGACGUUCAAUGUGCCAGCUCUCUUCACGUCCAUCCAGGCCGUACUGAGUCUUUAUUCUUCCGGCCGCACGACAGGGAUAGUGCUAGAUUCCGGCGAUGGCGUUACACAUGCCGUUCCCGUAUAUGAAGGUUUCUCCAUGCCCAAUGCGAUACGUCGCGUCGACGUGGCUGGCCGAGACGUCACCGAGAACCUGCAAACCCACCUGCGUAAGGCAGGCUAUCACCUGCACACAUCAGCCGAAAAGGAACUCGUCCGAAUCAUCAAAGAGAAGACAUGCUACGUAGCCCUCAACCCAACCAAGGAGGAGAAAGACACUCCGCAACACGAAGAGUUCAAGCUUCCCGACGGCAAUACGAUUCGUCUAGGAGCCGAACGCUUCCGUGCACCCGAGAUCCUAUUCAACCCGGAACUCAUCGGUCAAGAGUUCCCCGGUAUUCAUCAGGUCAUCGUGGAUUCUAUCAACCGUACCGAUUUGGACCUUCGCAAGAACCUCUUCAGCAAUAUCGUGCUUAGUGGCGGUACAACAUUGACAAAGGGAUUCGGUGAUCGAAUGUUGGCAGAAGUGAAAAGGCUAGCGGUCAGAGAGAUGAAGAUCAAGAUCUUUGCACCGCCAGAGAGAAAGUACGCGACAUGGAUCGGAGGUAGUAUCUUGGCUGGCUUGAGCACGUUCAAGAGGAUGUGGGUUAGUGCAGAGGAAUACAACGAGGAUCCGGACGUGAUUCACAAAAAGACGUUUUGA